AUGUCAUCUCACGCUGUGCUUCCUCAGGGUGAGCCCCAUCCAGCAGAUUUCAAGCCCAAGGACAAUCCAGCUUUCAUUCUGUACGAUAAGUUGAAGACGGGUUAUGAAGAGCAACCCAUUCCUGAGCUUGGUCCUGAUGAAGUACUCAUCGAAAUAAAGAAGACCGGUAUAUGUGGUUCGGAUGUACACUUCUACAACACUGGUGCGAUGGGUUUAGUCGCCCUAGAAGAACCAAUGUGUCUAGGUCACGAAUCGGCCGGUAUAAUCGUCCAACUUGGAUCCAACAACGUAGUGGGUAAAGGUGCUUUGCAGCUGGGUGAUAAAGUCGCUUUGGAACCGGGUGUCACUUGUAGGAUGUGUACGGAUUGCCGAGGUAAGCGUAGUAUCUGCGAGCAUAUGGUAUUCGCUGCCUAUCCACCUUCUAGGGGAGGUACAUUGCAACGAUACUACAAACUUCCCGCAGAUUUAGUCUACCGACUUCCUUCUUCUGUGGCAUUAGAAUACGGAGCUAUGAUGGAACCUCUUUCCGUAGCGGUCCAUGCAGUGGCCAACAAAGGCGGCAUGAAGACAGGGUACAACGUUCUGAUCUUCGGUGCUGGACCGGUGGGACUGCUUGCCAUGGCAGUAGCGAAGGGGAUGGGAGCGAAUAGGAUCGUAGCAGUGGAUAUCAAUAAGGAGAGAUUGGAUUUUGCGAAAGGGUAUGCAGCUACGGACGUUUAUAUUCCGACCAAGCAGAACGAGAACGAAACCAGACCUCAAUAUUCUGUCAGAGCCGCUGCCGACCUCUUGUUAUCUUUGGGUAUACCAGCUAGAGGCCCAGGAUCGAUUGACUUGGUAGUUGAUGCGACAGGUGCAGAAGUCUGUAUACAAAUGGGUCUAAACGCCGUUAAACCUGGAGGAACAUACGUCCAAACUGGAUUCGGUCCACCAGAUAUUCAGAUCCCAAUGUUCAGAGUAACUACCAAUGAGAUUGUCAUCAAAGGUGGAUGGAGGUAUGGCAAUGGCGAUUAUCCCCUCGCGAUCGACUUGGUGAAUCGAGGACUAGUAAAUCUCCAACCUCUGUUAACUCACACUUUCAAAUUCAAAGAUGCGUUAGAAGCUUUCGAAAUUACUAAAGCUGGUAAAGACAAGGAUGGGAAAUUCGUCAUUAAAUGUGUGAUUGAUGGGCCGGAAUGA